AUGUCUGCUCCAGUCAUUCCUCCCGGCAAAACUUGGCUCGAUACCUUGCAGAAGUCAUUUGUUGAUGUACCUGUCGACGCAGCUAACGACAAUGCCAUAUCUACCAAAGAAUUCCUCGAUGCUGUAGAGUCUUUCACAACCCUGUUUGAUGUGAUUGGCGUCAUGGCUUUCAACACAGUAAAGAGCGACCUUCUUGGAAAUGUCAAGAAACUCCGCGAGCGUUAUAAUGCUGCCACCGCCGAAUCCGAGACUUUGCAAGCCCUCGUUCUUAAUGAAUUGAAGACGAAGAAACACACUGCUACGGAAGGUCUCCUCUGGCUUGUUCGUGGUCUCGAGUUCACCGCUGAAGCCAUCCGUGACAGUCUCGAUGCCCCUAAUAAGGAAUUGGUUGACUCUUUCCGCGCUGCAUACGGAAACACACUCAAACCUCACCACUCCUUUGUGAUCAAGCCGAUUUUCAAUGCCGCUCUUUCCGCAACCCCGUACCGCAAGGACUUCUUUGAUAAGCUAGGUUUCAACGCCGGCGUGGAGCCUGCUAUGAAGGAAUACGUUUCUGCUUUACAGAACCAAGUCAAGAUUUUGAAAGACUUUCAAUCCCGCAAGGAGGCUCAGUGGAAAUAG